AGCAUGGGAGAAAAUAAUUUAUUAUCAAGUGUAGUAGCAAACAAAUAAAGGUGUUUGUUUUUUUAUCAGCAAAGGAACGGAGGAGGCAGUAACACGCAUGCGCGCGCUUCAAACACUACGGCAGACUGUUUAUUGUGAAAAGUUCAGUCAGAGAGAGACUGAAAGACUGAAAGACAGAGAAGAGACAGAAGAAAUAAAGAAAGAAAGAAAGAAAGAAAGAAAGAAAGGAAGAAGAGGAGAGUCUAACGGACUACAGGAUGGAUGUGACGUCACAGUCUACCACCUCUGACAUCACUGAGAGCGGGGCCACCAAGAGCCAAUCAGACUGCAUCUCCAGCCAGCCGACAGCCAAUGGGACACUCCCACAUCACAGCACAGGUGAGAUAAAUACAGAAGAGGCUCCUCCCCCUCUCUCUGAUAGGUCAGAGGAUGCUGACAGCAGUGACGACUCUUUAAUCGACACCUCCUGCACCAAUGACGUCUCCCGCCUCCUCCCAACCCCGCCCACCUCAGCUCAGCGCAAACAAAAAGGUGUGGACGCCUCAUCAGCGUCUCCUCCCCCCAUCUGCACUCCUCCAUCUCCCUCUCUCCCCUCUCCUCCUCCGUCUCGCUCGUCCACCUGUAACAGACGCUCCUGCAGCCUUCAUCAUCAUCAUCAUCAACACACCAAUCAGAAGCGCCUCUCCUCCUCUAAAAGCCACACCUCCAUGAAGACAGACGCCGCCCACAUUAAGGAGGUCGCAGGAGACGACUGUUGCAUUCACUGCCUCCUGGCGUGUCUGUACUGUGAGAUGCUGUCCAUGUGUUCCGCGUUGGGCGAGUGUCUGGCGUGUGGAAUCGGCGGCGGCUGCUGCGACUCCACGGUUUGCUGCUGCUGCUGCAUGGAGGCGGCGGGUGAUGCGGCGUGUACGGAGGAGGCGUGUCAGGCUGUGUUGGAUUGUGGGAUUGUGGAGGACUGCUGCGGAUCGUCGGACUGUUUGGAGAUCUGUCUGGAGUGCUGCUCCAUCUGCUUCCCUGCAUAGAGCAGCCAAUCAGAGCGGUACUACAGGAUGAUGUCAGAGGAAACAGAAACACUGUUGGCUGUUCAUCGGAGUGUGAACUCAAACUGUCAGAGAACGUUCUAGCCUAGACAGAAUUAUCGUCAGGAGGAUGGCGGCGUAGCGGUUGGAUGGCGCCCUAUGCAUCCAGGUUAUAGUCCUCAAAGCAGCAGAUGUGGUCUAAGUCUGACUCGUGGCUCCUUCCCUGCAUGUUAUUUUCCACUUUCUCUCCUACUGAUUUCUUAUUCUAUCCACUGUUUUUUCAAAAUAAAAGUCCCAAAAAUGAAUCUUUAAAAACAACCAAAAAAACUCAUGGUCAUGAAACACUGGAAAGAAAGGUGGAAGAGAAUAAAGAUUGACUGGAUUUAGAGAAUAUUUUUCACCCUUCUUGUACCUCAGAUAGAUCGACUCACAUGAACAGUGUGUCCUAAAAACAUGAACAGGUGUCAGCCACAAAACCAGCUGGAUUCUGAUUGUUCACAGAUGAGUCAUAGGGGAUGUGUUUCAAAUCCAUGUGGGAACACGCCAUAGAAGGGAACCUUUCAAAGUAAAACUUGGACGGUGACUGGACAAACGUCCUGUCUGUCACAUUCUUUACUGACCAAUCAGAGCAACAAAACAUACGAUGUAGGAGGAGUUAAAAGGUUUGAACAAGUGUCGCAGAUAAAGGUUGAAGUCAGAUCUACUGAUUUUACACCGUAUAUAACAAAAACAGUAUAAACCUGCUCUCUGUCUUACAUGAAGAAGACAGAUCCUUUCAUUUUAAACAUGGCGUCCAAAAUCAGAAAUAUUCUGGCAUCUGAGGGUAAAUAUGUUUUUGUUUGGGAACUGUUUUUAGUAGCGGAUGAACAAAGCUGAAAAAGUCCUGCAGUUUGAUUAUAAAAUCUUCAUCUUCAUCCUCAUGUAAAGCGGCAAACAUGAGCCCAUCUCUCCGACUGUCCUCGCCACAGUGGAACCGCUGUGAUUGACAGCUCAGGAGGGGCGGGAUCGGGAGGGGCAGGAAGUGGAUCCUGAAGGGACAGGAAGUGUCUGUUGUGUAGAGGUUGGCGUGACGUGACAGGACGUCCAAACAGGAAGCAGGAAAUCACUGAAAUGACAACGCCACCUGACCUCUGACCUGCGGGCGGCCGACAUCAAAGAGAGAGAGACUCACAGCUGUAAUGAAACAACAGUUGGUCUCGUUUUUCCACAGAUUUCUUCACAUCGCUGCCCAGAAAACACACCAAUCUCCAAACAGGGAUAAAGCUGUGGUUUGGGACCCUCGGAGGGGUCACAGGGUUCACAAAUGUGGGUCAGAACAUCAUGUACAUCUGCGAUUUAGAAAAAAAAACUUCAUUUGAUCAGGGGACAGAUUCAAAGAAGGGACUGCAGCUGCUACAGCUCCAACAUUUGCUUCCUCUCUGCUCUGCAGUCUCAGGGUCUAAACCACAGGAAUACAGCUCUGAUUAUACUUCCAAUAGAAAGUACUGGAUGUUUUACCCCUUUACUGAUUUCAUAAAUCAAUCAUGAUCGAUAAAAUUUGACUUAUUUGACCAAAAUAUUAUCCAAUAAAUUAUUUAAUAUUAAAGUGAAAACAGAUUUCGACAAUUAAAUAAAAAUCUAAACUUUAAAGUCAGUCUCAAGAAAAAUGUUCCUCCAUGUAAAACAGCUCAGAGUUUGACUCUCCUCCAUCUACAGUCUAUAAGAGAGCAAGGGACAAGGCUGAAGGGGCCCUCAGGGGCCACCGCAUUAAAAACAGGCAUGAUUCUGUAGUGAAAUCACUGCAUGGGCUUAGGAACAUCCCAGGAGUGGCAGUUAAAACACAAAGUGGAAAAAAUGGUCAAAAAGCAGCAAACAGCGGGGGGGGAGUGACCAAAUAACGGCUUAAAGGGGCAAAAAUGUUGUAAAAAAUGAGUAAAAAGUGACUGAGUUGGGUAAAAAGGCGUAGAAAUGGGGGAAAGUGUCAUUUAAUUUCAAAAGGCAGCUUCAAUUGGCAAGAAGUGUCAAAAAGUGUCAAAAAAUUGCAAAAUGCAGGAUAAAAGUUUCAAAAAGGGGAGAAAAGUGGCAAAAAAUGACUC